AUGCCCGGUGUUCCUCCAGACGCGCUGAAGCAAGUCAAGAAGGGCUUUAAACGCCUCUUCAGUCGCAAGAAGAAGAAUCAAAACCCCGAGGGUUCGUCUGAACAUGGUUCGACUGGCAAUCCCGAGGCUGGCGGCCCUGCCACCGAUCCCAAGGCUGGUAUGUUAACCCCUAUCCACUGUCGUUUUGACGGGUCGAAAUCGGCUCUCGCGUCUGUCGAAAAAACCCACCUUCUGACCAUCCCAGAUUCCGCUAAGCCGGAGAAGUCUGCUAGCGCUACCGCGGCUCCUGCUGUGACUACUGCUCCGACUACCGAGUCUGCUCCUGUUCAGCCUCACGACCCUGCUGUCACGAUCUUGGAGCCUGGAAAGCCUGUGACCGACAACACCAGUCAGUCGGAAUUCCCGGCGGCUGAAGCGGAGCCUUCCUCUGUUAAGCCCGUGGAGCCUGCUCCCAAGACUGGUAAGAUUGUCCCAUAUACUCUUCAAACUAGAGAAUUCUACUGA